UUUGGAAAAUACAUCCCCACCAUCCUCCUUCACUCUUUCUACAUGUAUUCACAUCCAUAAUUUUGCAAUAUAAAUAACCCAAUAACUACAAAACCAACUCAAAAUCUUCAGUUAAUUAACUUCUCCAUUUCUUCUCAAAAAGUUCACCAUUCUUUCUCUCUCAAAAAACCAAAACCCAUCAUCCAUCACAUUCAAAUCUCAGUCUCACAAAACUGAGAUUUAGACACCAUCAUUCAUCACCAUCAUCACUUGUAUCCAUCAUCAUUUGCUAUCACCAAGCAAAGACAAGAACAAAGAUGAUACCAAACCCUCCAAACUCAUCUCACCACAACCCUCCAACCACCGUCCCCGACGCCGUGGCCCGCUACCACACCCACGCGUUCUCCCCCAACCAGUGCUGCUCCGCCGUCGUCCAAGAGAUUGCCGCCCCUGUCUCCACCGUCUGGUCCGUCGUCCGCCGCUUCGACAACCCCCAGGCCUAUAAAAACUUCGUCAAGAGCUGCCACGUCAUCCUCGGCGACGGCGACGUCGGGACCCUCCGCGAGGUCCGCGUGAUCUCCGGCCUACCCGCCGCCGUCAGCACCGAGCGCCUCGACGUCCUCGACGACGAGCGCCACCUUAUCAGCUUCAGCAUGGUUGGCGGCGACCACCGCCUCACCAACUACCGCUCUGUCACCACCCUCCACCCCAGCCCCGUUUCGGACGCCGACGGAAACCACCGCUCCGGCACGGUGGUUGUGGAGUCCUACGUCGUUGAUGUGCCACCGGAAAACACCUCCGAGGACACGCGCGUGUUCGUGGACACCAUCCUCCGGUGCAACCUCCAAUCUCUUGCGAAAUUCGCUGAGAACUUGCCGCAUCGAAACUGAUGAAUCUCAACGCUGUUCGUAAAUUUUUCUCUUUUUUAUAAUUUUUGUGCUUUUCAUUUUUAUUUUACAUGUAAUAUUAGUUGUUAUAUAUAUUUUAAUUUUUGCUAGCUUGAGUUAGUUUUGUGAUUGUUUAUCUUUGUUGAGAAAGUAACAAUGAAACAAGGAUUUCUGUGAUGUUUAAAACCA